UAAAAGGAAAAGUUGGGAUCUAAGAAUUUUUUCGCUUUCUCCACGCCUAUCUUCCCCUUCACAAAAGAUUCCAUCUUUCCUUGCAAAAACAAACUCCAAUCUCUCUCUCUCUUGCUCAGUAAAUCAAAUCUCUGUCCCAUGAAAUUAUUGGGCAACAACAACAAAAACCCAUAAAAAUGAUGAUAAUUUACAUGAUAAUCUCAGCUUUGCUCAGCAAAAUCCUGAGAAUCCCAAUAAGAAUGAUAAGUGGAAGAAAAAACAGGAAAAAUGCAGCUGGGUUUUUCCAUCCAUACACCAACGAUGGAGGUGGAGGAGAGAGAGUGUUGUGGUGUGCAGUUAAGGCCAUCCAAGAUGAACGAUCAGACCUCGAUUGCGUAAUUUACACGGGUGAUCAUGAUGCUUCACCACAGAGUUUAAUGGCUCGAGCCACUGAUCGUUUUGGAGUUCAUUUGAUUAACCCACCUAAGGUGGUGCAUCUAAACAAAAGAAAAUGGAUUGAAGAGGCAACAUAUCCUCGCUUCACUAUGAUUGGUCAGAGCCUUGGUUCAGUCUACCUGUGUUGGGAAGCUCUGUGCAAGUUGACACCUUUGUAUUAUUUUGAUACCAGUGGUUAUGCUUUUACUUACCCGCUGGCAAGGAUUUUUGGCUGCAAAGUAAUCAGCUAUACUCAUUAUCCAACCAUUAGUUCAGAUAUGGUCUCUCGGGUUCGUUCGAGGAGUGCUUUGUAUAACAAUGAUGACUUCAUUGCCAGAAGUGUUUGGCUAUCGCGGUGCAAGAUAAUUUACUAUUCAAUCUUCACUUGGUUGUAUGGCUUUGUUGGGUCUUAUGCUCACAUAGUCAUGGUGAAUUCAUCCUGGACUCAGUCACAUAUUGUGAAGCUUUGGAGAAUUCCUGAGCGUACUAAGAGAGUCUAUCCUCCAUGUGAUACUUCAAGCCUGCAGGCUCUACCUCUGGAAAGGGCCAUAGAUGUGCCAGCUAUUAUAUCGGUGGCUCAGUUUCGUCCUGAGAAGGCACAUCCUCUUCAACUCAAGGCGUUUGCAAAAGCCAUUAGUCAAAUGGAUCCAGGCUUGCCUAAACCUAAGCUCCAGCUCGUGGGUAGUUGUCGCAAUAAGGGAGAUGAAGAUAGACUACAAAAGUUGAAAGAGAUGGCUGUUGAGCUUAAGGUGGAGAAUGACGUGGAAUUCCACAAAAAUAUCAUGUACAGGGACUUGGUCAAACUUUUGGGGGCUGCCAUUGCAGGAAUUCAUACCAUGACAGAUGAGCAUUUUGGCAUAAGCGUUGUGGAAUUUAUGGCUGCUGGUGCAGUCCCGAUUGCCCACAAUUCAGCUGGUCCGAAGAUGGACAUCGUGUUGGAAGAAGAUGGACAGAAAACAGGAUUUCUUGCAGAAUCUUUGGAUGAAUAUGCAGAAGCUAUUCUUGAAGUUUUGACAAUGCCAGAGACCAAAAGACUUGAGAUAGCUGCCGCUGCCAGGAAGCAAGCAGGCAGAUUUUCAGAGCAGAAGUUUUACGAAGAUUUUAAGGCUUCAGUUCGACCAAUUUUAUGCCAAACUUCCUGAGAUAACAAAAUUAACUUAACCAUACUUGUAAUGUUUUUUUUGCCUUACUACAUAGUCGGUAUAAAUAGUCUUAGUCUCAAGUGCCAUUCUAGGAUGCAGCAAAUUUGUGUUGUUGCAUAAAUGGUUCACUAAUCUGACAACGGAGUUAACAGCACGUGUUUAUUGUUACAUAUCUACCUGAAAUGCAGGCAACUAUGAGCUAUCUCUUUGCCUAAAUGGCGGCUAA